GUGUGGUGAUUUGUUUUCUUAUUUGGCUGAUUCUAUCUUAUCUGGCUGAUUUGUGGUGCAUAGGUAUCAUGGUAACUGUCAUAGCUUGGUGUCAUGCAACGUGUUGAAACUUAUCUGUUCAUGUCAGUUAAUAAAUUUCAUUUUAACUUGGCAACGAGACCAAUUGGUUUAGAUUACACUCACAUUGCUUAUUUGCAUCAACGAAAUAUAACGGUGACCCUGAUAUAGAUAGAGUUAGUGAAUAUCAACAAGUUGUGCAAAGUUAGAUAUCUAGUGCAAGAAUUUGGUGCACUAUGUAAUUAAUAGUCAUCAUCCAUUAAAUAACUUUUCACUUGCAGCAUUGACAUAUAUCAUCACUUCCGCUUUUGGAAUGAGCAAAGUUUGUACCUCUACCCCUCUCCUUUCAUGGUGCAUUUCAAAUAUUAAAAAUACUAUUCUCUUUACUAAUCUUUAAGAACAUGUUUGGCUUAAGUUAUUUUAGGACUAAAUAAUUGUGAAAUGAACAUAGAGCAGGAUUUAAGAAGUGCUUGCAAGUAAAGGCCUUGCAUUGUUGUGACCAUGGUGCAUUUGUUUUCAUCUUGUGUCAAGAUAACUGCCCAAUCAAUUAUUGCUUUAACAAUUUCAUCGUUUCUUGUGGUUUAUAGUUGUUAUUUUUCCAUUUGUUUUCUAUUUUAUUAUUUCUCUAGUCAUUUUCUUGAGUUAAUUUUGUUAAAUAAAUUUUAGACAUCUUAUUGAGCUUGUUAACAAAGAUCAUGACCUGUGAUUGUUGUUCUCUUCAUUUUUGCCUUGUCAUGGGUUCCUCUGUCCUCGCAUCUGGUGGAUCAUGUUAAUGAAUGCAGUGCAAGGUGUGCAUGCAAACAUUCAUGUGUACCACAACAGAGGUGAAGUGUCGGGAGCAUGCUGAAGCAAAGCAUCCCAAAUCUGACCUUUACACAUGUUUUCCACAUCUUAAAAAGUGACAAUCAUAGUGCAAAACAAGAACUAGGAGAUUGAGACUGCUUGUAAUAUGUAUCUAUCAUCUGCCAUGGUUGAACUCUAUGUGUAGCUUCGUUUUUGGUACAUCUAUGUUUAGUUUCUUAAUGUUUGUUUCUUAAGCCUGUAUGCCAACAACUGAGUUUUAUGGGUUGAUGAAUCUGACUGCUAUGGAUGUCAUGCUAGUAUAUUUUAUAUAACUGUAAUGGCUCUCGAUUGAAUCCCAUUGGUUA